AAUCUGAAAAUGACACUAAUUAGUAUUUAUUAAAAUUAAAUAUAGUCUGGAAAAUAAUACAUGUUGCAAUAAAGCAUAACAUUCAACAAGCAUAAUGAUGUAUUUUUAAAUAAUUAUGUAUUAUUUAAUCAACACUGAUGCAACUGGUCUUGUAACUGAGCAUACCGCAUUUGUAACGAGCGUUCUCCUUCUGUUUGUCUGUCACGUCUUCCAUGAGUGCAUUUAUUCGUCUUCGAAUCGCCACCUCUUCCUGUAUUUGCAACAAUUUAAAUGUUGACAAAUCCAAAUACUUGCUCUAUUUGUUCUCCAAGUUCAUGCAGCUGUUUUGUGAGAACUUGUGUUAUGUAUAAUAUAUAAAAUAUCUAAAAUAUUUUUAAAUAAGAGUAAGAAAGAAGGCAAUGUUUUUAUUACAUAUUAGAAGAAAAAAGAAACAUUCUGAACUAGUACAGCAAUGGAACACCGUCCUCUUGAGUCGGUUUAGCAGCGCCAAGUAUUUCGAAUAAGUUACUUACUAAUAACAUCCUUCAGUGACAUUAAAUAUUUAGAAAAUUUAAAAUAUUUAUAAAAGUUUAGAAAUAGAAUGGGCCCCUCCAACGCCCACUCCCAUGAGAACGCAACCAAUUUAUUUUUUCGUCUCACCGAUUGAUCAUAGGAGGCAUGUGAGCAAUAACGCAUUUGUUGCAAGAAGCGUUCGCGCGAAUAACGCACGCAUCGAGCAACAAUGUUUUACUCAACAUUUAUGACAUCAUUGAUUAUGAGGUCAUUGCCACGUAUGUGAUGCCUUUGAAAAUGUGAUGUGUAAACAUUUUUAGGUCAGGAAAAGCGUCAGUUCCUUACUUUGUAAAAUAGUAAGAAAAUGACGUCUCAUGCGCUUCACGUCAUUGCAAUAUUUUUCCUCGCAUGGAUCUUUUCCCAACGCUAUAGCAGUAGCAAAGGCGGCAGCAUAAAUACCACAACUCGUAUAAUCCGGUUGUGUUUGCACCUUUUCAAAAAUUAUAUCGCUCACGUUUAUUUGUGGGAAACGUUUGCGAAUAUAAUACCACCGCCACCACCAUCGCAACCACCACCGCUACGGAGCAACAAACAACGACGACGGCGAUGGUACCAUCGCACACCACCGUCGCAACCACCACCGCCGACGGGGCAACAAACAACGGAUCAUCCACCGUCACGGGAUGCAGGAAAAGGAAGAGGAAGAGGAAGAGGGGCGCCCGUAUCGCAUAAACAAGUGAAAAAUAGCAUUCGUCGGGCGCUACAAGUGGAGAGGAGGAGAAUGGGGUAUACACUACCCCCACUACCGCCGCCUCCCACACCGUAUGUACCGUACGCGCCGCCGCCGCCCACACCGUAUGCACCGUACGCACCGCCGCCGCCCACACCGUAUGCACCGUACGCACCGCCGCCGCCCACACCGUAUGCACCGUACCCAUAUCCAUACAGAUAUUAAAAAUUGUCUUUAAAAAUAUGCCUUCUCCAUUCCAUUCUAUAUAAUAAAUAUCAUAUAAAAAAUA